AUUUGAUCAUCUAAUCUCUGCCAUACAAGGAGACAUUGACGCAUAAUGUCGAAACUCGUACUUGAUCCCAAUCCCCGAGGCUCUCAAACCCCCACGAUUGACACGCCACCGAACGAAGUCAGAUUGCCGGGAGAAGAGGCAAGGAAUAUAAACCCAAAUCGGUUCCCAGAAGGAACUUGCACCGAAUGCCAGAAAAUCACACUCCAUAGUCUCUUGGAGACGCAUCUUGGCUCAAUCAAAAAGUGCUGGCUUGAUUAUGAUCGAGAUCUGCCUACAAGCUGCCCCAUUUGCAAAUUGAUGUUCGGUUCGAUCCAUCUUGGGCAUGAGAUGACUGGAAAAAUUCGUCUAGAGUUGAGGGUCGAUGACCCUGAGCCGAACAUCGACAUAUACACUGGGAGACGAAUCCACGAAGUCCUUUUGUCAAAGUACCGUGAAUAUAACAGGGGUAGGGAAUUCAAAGGGCAGUUCCGCAUAUAUGCACAACCAGGCUCGUACGCGUCCAAAUUUGUGCCCUAUUGGUGCGCACCAUCAUCCAAUUUCUCAAAUACUACAUUCUGGAAGAUUGCUCGCCGAGUCAAGAACUGCGACGAAACACACACAAGUUGUCGAAACUUUUCCGCCCAAUCUCCAGAACUAACCUCGCAAUACAUACCUUCCAGAGUCGUUCACGUUGGCUCUGAAACUCAUAAGCCGUAUCUUCACAUCGUGCAUGAUCAGCAAAGCAGUCGCUAUGUUGCGUUGAGCCAUUGUUGGGGCGAUGUCCCACAAGUCGAAACGUUGAAAGCGAACAUCGAACAACACAAAGAAGCGAUCGUCUAUGAAAGUCUGUCGAAGACUUUCCAGGAUGCACUAUGUGUUGCAAGGCGGCUGGGUAUCGAUUACAUCUGGAUCGAUUCACUGUGCAUCGUGCAAGACGAUGAAGACGACUGGCUUCACGAAUCGGAGAACAUGGGUAGCAUUUAUAUGAAUGCCGACAUCACCAUAGCUGCAACUUCUGCAACAGAUGGUAACGGUGGACUGGACAGCGUCCGUCCCAAGAGUAAAUGGAUUGAAUUCCCUUGUGAUGGCACGGAUGAAGGCAAAGGACACAUGUGGCUCACAGAUGCGUCGUGGAGUUCUCAAAGCGACCUUAACGACGCACCGCUCAACUUGCGUGGCUGGGUACUCCAAGAAAAGAUACUUUCGCGUCGUAUCAUCCAUUUCGCCUCUUCGCAGGUAUACUGGGAAUGCAAGGAAGGCUUCCUUGGGGAAGAAUGCGAAGAUCCGAUUCGUUUACCUGCCGAUGCAACCCUGAAACCGUCACUAUUCUGGGCCGCCGUUUCCCGCGUCGGAAACACACCCAUCGAACGUGCGAAUGACAUUCCAUUUGCAGCCAAGCCAAAACCGCGGCUCCUUGGGUUCUACCAAAGCUGGAGAACCUUUAUUCACUACUACAGUACCAGGAAUCUCACCAAAAAGAGUGAUCGUUUGAUAGCUCUGAUGGGUAUCAUCCGAGUCAUCGAGAGAAAGACAGGGCUUUGCUGUGUCGAUGGCCAUUGGGAUGAUGGUUCACGGCAGUUCGUGCACGAACUGAUGUGGUCUCCCAAAGAACAAACAACGCUGUCAAUACUUGAUGAGACUAGGCAAUCUAGGCUGUGUUCCUCAUGGUCAUGGGCAUCUUUGGGGGCUCCAGUACAGUUCAGCACAAACUUUGUUGAUGUCUGGGAGAACUACGGUUUGCAAGAUUGUAGUUUGCAGCUCCAGGCAAUCGGAGGCAAGGAACUCGUUCCGUGGGCAAGCCAUCCUCUAGAAGUUUCGGGAAUGCUACGAGCAUCAAACAAAGGAAAACUAGAGGUAAGCGAGUAUCUCAACAGGAUGUACCCGGGCAAACGCACUUUGAGAGUAAUGUCAGAAGCAUUCAAGAAGGUCGAUGGAUUUGUUUGUUUCGACUGCGCAGAUGAGGAAUCAGGGCAAUUCUACCUCUCUCCUGUGUAUAUGUCUUUCUCGGAUAUCGAAUGCUUAGUCUUGGUUGAGCAAUCUUACGCUGGCAGCAAAGCGCGUUGUUUCAAGCGCGUAAGCGAUUCAUGCGUACAUGAAGAUGAGCACAUAGUUACGCUAAAGGGAAAACGAGUCGCGGAGCUUACUUAUGCGCUGCUGUCAUUAUAUGGAAUAGCAAACGUGAAAAAAGAGGGACAGAGUAGCUUUCGCGGGAUUGUAGGGCUCGACAUGGUGAUGCACCGAGGUAAAUGCAGAGUGGGCAGUCUAAGUUCUGGGAUGUUCGAUUGGGAAACUACUCCCGAGGGUCACACGCAGCAGUCUCCGGCAAGCUAUACGCACAACGCCUCUUAUUAG